AUGGCGGAUCCAAUCUCCAAAUCUCUGACUGCUUCUAUGCUCAUAGCUUCUCUCUUGCUAUCCUCACACGCUUCCUCCGGCGUUCCCUUCAUCCUUGAUGCUAGUGGUGUCCUAUCUCACACAUUUGAGUUGGAGGCAAAAUCAAAGGGAGUAUUUUCUGGUGAACCAGCUGUCAUCAAGUUCCGUGUCCCCACAAACGCUGUUUUACAGGUGGCACUUUUAACUCCCAUAUUGCCGUUAGACAUUCUUGCUGACAGGCCUCCGGAGAAGAAGUUUGAAUGGGCUAAGAGGUUGCUGGCUAAGUAUGGAUCUUUAAUCUCGGUGAUCAGCAUAAUUGUUAUGUUUGUGUACCUGGUAGCUACCCCAUCAAAAUACGGCAAAGAUCGCCGGAAGAGAAGAAGAAUCGCGGCGAGUUUGACGGAAGAGAUGACGAAAGCGAGGCACGAAGAGAAAUGA